UGUGUUCUGUAAAUACUGACAGAAUAAAGGCAUCUGAAAAAAGAUGAGUCAGGGACUCAUGAGAGGAAACAGCAGUCAGAACACAGACCAGAGCACAAGUAUGAAGUUUAACACAGCUUUGAGUGUUAUUGGAACCAUACUUCUCAGCAUAGAAGGUUCUCUCAGCCAGUUAGAUGUAUGUGGUCAAGCCCCCCUGAACAACAAGAUUGUUGGAGGGGAGGAUGCAGCAGCAGGGUCUUGGCCGUGGCAAGUCAGCAUUCAAAGCGCCAAGUAUGGAGGCCAUUUCUGUGGUGGGAGUCUAAUCAAUAAAGACUGGGUUUUGUCUGCAGCUCACUGCUUCCAGGACUCCUUGGAUACCAUUGAGAUCUACCUGGGACGUCGGAGCCAAUCAGGCUCAAACCCUUAUGAGGUGUUCAGGACAGCGAUCAAAGUCAUCAACCAUCCUGAAUAUGCCAGUGCUAGUAGUGACAAUGACAUAGCACUUCUCCAGCUCUCCUCUUCUGUGACUUUCUCUGAAUAUAUUAAGCCAGUCUGUCUGGCGGCUACUGGUAGUGUAUUCACUGCAGGUACAGAGAGCUGGGUCACUGGCUGGGGAGCGCUGAAUUCUGGUGGCUCGAGUCCUGACAUACUGCAGGAGGUGAUGGUACCAAUUGUAAGCAACAGUGACUGUAAUGAUGCUUAUGGAGGGGGCAUCACGAGCAACAUGAUUUGUGCUGGAUUGUUAAAUGAGGGAGGAAAAGAUUCAUGUCAGGGAGACUCUGGAGGUCCAAUGGUCAGUAAGCAUGGCUCUGUGUGGAUCCAGUCUGGCGUUGUGAGUUUUGGUGAAGGAUGUGCUGAUCCCAAGUUUCCUGGUGUGUACGCCAGAGUUUCUCAGUACAAUAGCUGGAUCAACUCUAAAGUGAGCAGCAACCCACCUGGAUAUGUCGAAUUCUCCAGUGGAUUCAGAAGCUCACUCAACCUCCUUUUAUUCUCCAUUUCUCUCACAUUCUCCUUUAUCCCUUUCAUAUGCACCAUCUUUUUUCGUUGAGAUUGUUUGAAUGAUUGACAGUUCUCAGGGUUCUUUGAUUAAGAGGGCAAUUGUGCUGUACAGGUUUUCAUAAAUAUGUGAAGAAUGUAGAUACAUUGUUAUAUUGUCAUUUAUUCUUUAUCUUGUUAAAAAUGUACACUUCUUGGAAAUCUACUCUUAUUAUUGAGUUUUUACAUUAAAAUAUUGCACACUAAUUAAGUUCAGCAAGCUUUUGCCCUUAAAAUGUUUGGAUAAUGAAGGAGGACUUAAUGAUAUUUGGCCUAAAUGUGAGACAAAUGAUGCUUGCAAUUAUUAUGCAUUGUCCUCAAUUUGGAUCAUAACGGAUAUUUUAAGAGACUGUUGAAUUUGUAUUGACAGGUUGGAUUUCUUUGCAAAUGCACUGCAGCCACUCUUUGCAAGGGUUAUGUUUAGUUCUGUUAGUUCAUUCUCUUCUGUUCCUGCCAUUUGUAUGUUGACCAAAUUUCCUAGUGUGCGACUGUUAGUCAUCUAUCUGUGAACGUAGAUCUAUUUGUUCUUUGUUCCAUGUCAUCAAUGUUAACAUGAUUGUGUUUCACAGAUUAUUGUUCCUAUUAUCUCCUGUGUGUUCUUGGUUUUAAUCAUAUUAAAGACUUUGAUAUACCUUUGUUA